AUGGGUUCAGAUCUUAAGUUGAUCUUUGUGGUGGGAGGCACCGGCGCUCAGGGCCUUCCCAUCGUAAACACACUGUCAGCCUGCGGCCGUUACGCCGUGCGAGUCCUCACACGCAACAAAAACUCCGAACGCGCCAAGCAGCUAGCUCAACUGCCAAACGUCGAGCUCUUCGAGGGUCAGCAGACCAGCCAGAAAGAUCUACACGCGGGCUUCAAGGGAGCUUGGGGAGCAUGGGUCAACACCGAUGGUUUCACAAUUGGAGAGAAGAACGAAUUGUUCUACGGCUGCCGAGCAUACGAGAUUGCUCGGGACGAGGGUGUCAAGCACUACAUUUACGCGGCGACUGAUUUCGCGUUGAAGGAUACGGACUGGGACGAGACGUAUCACUGGGGCCACAACGAUGCCAAAGGCCGAGUGUUGGACUACAUUUCUGCCCAAGGCCAGAACGGAGCGAUGACCAGCUCAUCGGUGAUUACUGGACCUUACAUGGACAUGCUUUACGAUGGCAUGUUUGUGCCUCAGGAGCAGGAAGACGGCUCUCUCGUGUGGGCCAACCCAGCGGAGGACGGCAAAAUUCCGUUGAUCGCUGUCGAGGAUGGUGGUCCCUAUGCGCUCUGGAUGUUCGACAACGUUAAAGAAUCAGCAGGUCUCUUCCUCAAAGUCGCAACCGACGAAGUCAGUUUCGCAGACAUUGCCAAGACAUUCACAAAAGUGACCGGCAGACCCGCAAAACACGUCCAAGUGCCCCUUGCAGACUUCCUCGCCAAAGCCGAGCCUUACCCUAACGCACCCGCUAACUUCGCCGCUGGACCUAACGUUCCUCGCGAUGAGUCCAUGAUGACUUUCAUUGAGAACUUCACACCUUGGUGGAAGUUUUGGGGCCAGGGAAAGGCUGUAAAGCGAGACUUUGCGCUUUUGGAUAAGAUUCACCCUAACAGGCUCAAGUCGUUGGAAGAGUGGAUGAAGAGACAUAAUUAUGAUGGGAAGCCGAAAUCUAUAUUGAAAGGAGCGAAGGAUUUGAGGGAUAUGGCGGCUGCGAUGCAGGCGGCACAGAAGCAAGAGUAGAUCCAUGAAUACCGCG